AUGGGCCCACCACAGGGUGUUCGUCCCGGCGACAUUCUGGAGGUUGUUCAUGAAUUUGGCGGGCGCGGCGAAGACGAGCUCAUCAUGUUACCACGCGACAGGAUUGAGUUGCUCGAGCUGGAUGAAGGCUUUGGAGAUGCCUGGUAUUUGGGUAAAAACCUAAGGACGGGCCAAACGGGUCUCUUUCCUGGGACUGCACGCGCAACAGAUUUUACCAAGGCUGCCUCCCUGAGAAAGACUCUCGCCGAUUCGCCUGUGUUUAUAGAAUCUCCUGUACAAAUGGAAUCCCCUGCGCCCGUGGAAUCAUCAUUUGCAUCAGUCGGGAGUGGGCAGAGUACCCCUCAGGCAUCGCGCCAUGUAAGCGCCAUCGAGAUGCAUUCGCCACAACUUGGUGCUCGCACGCCACAAAGAUCGGCGUCGUCUCCGCUACCUCGACAAAGCCUGGCAGACGAUAUCCAACAAGCGUUUCGUGGUUCCAUGGACCAUCACCCGAACGGCGAAGAAAGUCCAGUUAUGAAUGAAACGUUGAGCGUCAUUGAUGAGCACAUCACGGAUAUGAACACCCCGCGUGUCAGCGCAUCGCCCCAAGAGCACAGGACCAUGAACGAUUCCGGCAGCGAGUACAGCAGCCACAUCGACCACCGGGCUUCUUACAUCAACGGACAUGAAACUGACGAUGAGGAGCAGAGCCAUCCAACCGAGCGGGAGGUGCGAAAAUGGAGCCAGAAACAAACCUCGAAAUGUCUGCGCGAGCUGGGUAUUGAUUCAAAACAUUGCGAUAUCUUUGAAGAACAAGAAAUCACCGGUGAUGUCUUGCUUGAUAUGGACCAAGAUUUCAUCUUCAUGAAGGAAUUUGACUUUGGAGUCAUGGGUAAGCGGCUCAAGACAUGGCAUAAAAUUAAGGCGUUUCAAGAAGAUACCAAAGGCUUCGGUCAGCAGCAAGCCCCGAGAGGCUCUAUCUCUUCUGGCUUCUCCGGUCCCUCUUCUUUCGAUGAACGUACAUUGUCUCGCGCUGGGAGUACUGGCCCAUUUCUUCCUCGGAUCCCAACCUUGUCAGAAAAGAACGGCGCUGGCUAUCCAAGAGCCUCUGCGCCAAUGCAACAUCCACGACUGGCCGGCAACAAUACCUCACCCAUGGCACCACACACACCUCCCUACAGCCAUGAUUCACCAAGGAGAGUAUCUGCAGCGUCGAUCCGUGAACUCAACCAUACACGUCGUCAUUCAUCCAUUGAUGCCACCCAACGCGGCAUUUCUGAUUCGGUUUUCAAUGGACAUCACCCGAAGCAGCCCUCAUUUGACCGGACCUGGACUCUGAAUUCCGGCCCACAAAUGAUGCCUGUCCGCCCAGGAUCCUCGAUUGGCACUAAUUCGCCUGGAUUCCGGGGCGGACCGUUUACUGCUGACUUGGACUCUUAUGCGAAUUCAUCUAUCGGCACCCCAGAUCAGAGUGAUGACAUAGAUCGAGGGUACUUUUCAGGCACUGAGGUGGAUUCGCGCCGAACCCGUCGGGUUUUGCAGAAACGGGGGUCCCCUAAUGCUGGUAGUGCGACCAAUCACUCCCGGAACUCAAGCUGUGCGGAGGAUGCGUAUAAAAUGCCAGCGCCGAUAAAGCGCCAGUCUCGCAUUGGCAGUGUAGACUCGAUUCGCGAUGCUGCAAAGCACGUUUCCUCUGCGGCUCACACUUACAAUGGCACGCCACCAAAGAGUCGGCUCCGGAGCUUGAGCACCCGUGUCUCAUCGGAUAGAACUUUGAACAGCUCUCAGUCAUCAACCACCGAGAGCAAGCCUGGUAGCAGUAAUGGUGGUGGCGGCGGGUUCUUUGCCAACUUUUCUCGGGUGAACAGCAGCAAGGUUGAUUCAGAAAGCUCUCCUGCUCGCGCUCCCCCUUCGCAAUUCCAGCCAUUGAAAAAUGCCGGGCCCAAGUUCCGCCGAGCUAUAGGCUUCCGGGCCAUAUCCGACGUUGUUGGAAAGAAGAUUGACACUUCUGUGCCGCCCGAUUCGCCACGAGAAUAUGAUCCAAUUUCUGCUCGCACCGGGUCUACAACUCCAUCGGCCACUUCCAAAAGCUCGGAACGCCAUAGCACCGAUGGGUCUGGCAAAGCUGCCACUGAUGGCCCUGGACUCCCAGCCCGUCCUCGGACCGCCAAGUCCAAAAAGGAGACCAGUGCGUAUACUCGAGGCCUUGAGAAGAAGACACCGCAGGAGCAGGUGGAUGGUUCUGAGUAUAGUGGGUGGAUGAAGAAGAGGUCUUCCAACUUGAUGACCACCUGGAAGCCCCGUCUGUUCGUGCUGCGCGGUCGUCGCUUAAUCGAUAUCACUGGCCACCGAGUCCUGCGAGCGGACCAAGAUCCGAUCAUCGCUCUACACGCGACCAUCACUGGCUCAACCGCUCUGCCUGCUAAUACCAACACCACUAUCGAGAGCUGUGGUAGCACCAAGCUGACCACUCCCUCGACCAUCCAGUCGCUCACAGCUAAGGACGGCGGUGGACCAUUCUUCUUCAAGCUUGUCCCCCCCAAGAAUACACGCGCCGUGCAAUUCACCAAACCUGCCACCCACUUCUUCCAGGUUGACAAUGUCAAGCAGGGCCGUCUCUGGAUGGCAGCAUUGAUGAAAGCGACCAUUGAGCGCGAUCUCGGUCAGCCAGUGGAAUCUACUAACAAGCAAAAGACCAUUAGCUUGAAACAAGCCCGGCUGAUGAACCAGCGGCCGCCGGAGCUCAUGCUAGCCUCGCGCAGCACCAAGCCCGAGCAGACCAUCGACGAGGAAGAGGAAGAUACAGGUCUCGAAAUCGAUGGCUUGAACAUGAAUCAGUCUGAUGUUAACUCAUUUGAAGGCACCAACUACAGUGUGGACAAUAAUCAUGCAGACGAGGAGUUCGAUCAAUCUGUGUCCAACCCCCCUGGGGACUUCCAUUCAGCCUUGCUUCCGGAUCCUAUGGUCAAGACGGACUCUAAGUGA